UGCAUAGCAUGAACAACCACAUGCGCACACAGACGACACCUGCACAGAUUCCAUACCAGUUUCCUCAAACUUUGGUGCUCAGGAGAUGACUAAAUUGUAGCUGCACUGUGAGAAUAUAUGGAUAUUGUAUUUGCAGUGAAAUUGAUUUGGAGUUACAAAAACCAUGCCAGGGUCUGUGAAGCUGAGGAGCAUCAAGAGGUUUGGACAGGAGAAUAAUGCCUAUGAGGUUUCAGAAGAGCCAAAUGAAGAUUACAUGACAAUGUCAUCUGCUAAAAAGGAUAAAAAGAACAAACCAGGGAAGGAGAAACAAGAAACAGUUAUUCGUGUUGGGUGCUUUCAACUGUUUCACUUUGCCACAUGCCGGGAGAUUGGAAUGAUGAUUAUUGGAAGUGUAUGUGCCAUCCUGCAUGGCUCUGCACAGCCACUCAUGCUGCUUGUGUUUGGAAUGCUGACCGACACCUUUAUUGACUAUGACAUUGAGCUGAAUGAACUGCGUGAUCCAGCCAAACAUUGCCUUAAUAACACCAUUCAGUGGCGGAACCUCACAGCCGAGGAAAACAUGGAGCUCAACAUGACCAGAAUCUGCGGGAUUUUAGAUAUAGAAUUUGAGAUGACUAAUUUUGCUUACUACUAUGUCGGCAUUGGAAUGGCUGUCUUAAUCCUAGGAUACUUACAAAUCUCGCUGUGGGUUGCAAGCGCUGCUCGACAGAUCAAGAUCAUCCGCAGACUCUACUUCAGCAAGGUUAUGAGGAUGGAAAUUGGCUGGUUUGACUGCAACUCUGUAGGAGAGAUCAAUACCCGCAUGUCAGAUGAUAUCAACAAGAUAAAUGAUGCCAUGUCAGAUCAAGUGGGGAUCUUCAUUCAGCGCUUCACCACUUUUGUAUGUGGUUUUCUCAUGGGCUUUGUGAAGGGAUGGAAGCUGACUCUGGUCAUUAUCUCAGUGUCUCCACUUAUUGGACUCGGAGCUGCUCUCAUGGCUUUGUUUGUUGCAAAGCUGACAGGACGAGAGCUGCAGGCAUAUGCUAAAGCUGGUGCUGUGGCAGAUGAAGUCCUCUCCUCCAUCCGAACUGUGGCAGCCUUCGGAGGAGAGAAGAAAGAAGUUGAAAGGUAUGAUCACAAUCUGAUCUCAGCUCAGCGCUGGGGCACUAGGAAAGGCCUGAUCAUGGGAUUCUUCACAGGCUACUUGUGGUUCAUCAUAUUUCUUUGUUAUGCACUGGCCUUUUGGUAUGGCUCCAGUUUAGUUAUCGACACAUUAGAGUACAGUCCUGGAACUCUGCUACAGGUGUUUUUUGGAGUGCUUGUUGCAGCACUAAAUCUUGGGCAGGCAUCUCCUUGUCUGGAGGCUUUUGCUGCAGGUCGAGGUGCUGCUACCAUUAUCUUUGAGACUAUUGACAGGGAGCCCAAGAUAGACUGUCUGUCUGAAGCUGGCUACAAACUGGACAAGGUAAAAGGAGAUCUGGAGUUUCACAACGUGAUAUUCCACUAUCCAUCCAGACCAGAAGUCAAGAUCCUGGAUCAGCUGAACCUGCAGGUAAAAUCCGGGGAAACCACAGCAUUUGUGGGGCCAAGUGGUGCUGGAAAAAGUACAGCUAUACAGCUCAUCCAGCGCUUCUAUGACCCUAAAGAGGGCAUGGUCACUCUGGAUGGUCAUGACAUACGUGGUUUGAAUAUUCAGUGGCUUCGCUCACUUAUUGGAAUUGUGGAACAAGAACCUGUUUUAUUUGCUACCACUAUUGCUGAGAAUAUUCGCUACGGACGCCCUGGUGUGUCUAAUGAAGACAUUAUUAAAGCUGCCAAAGAAGCAAAUGCCUACAAUUUUAUUAUGGAUUUACCACAGCAAUUUGACACGCUGGUUGGGGAAGGUGGGGGUCAGAUGAGUGGUGGCCAAAAGCAGCGAAUAGCAAUCGCUCGAGCACUGGUACGGAAUCCCAGAAUCCUUCUGCUGGACAUGGCCACAUCAGCACUCGACAAUGAAAGUGAGGCUAUAGUACAAGAGGCCUUAGACAAGGUCCGAAUGGGUCGUACCACUAUUUCCAUUGCCCACCGUCUAUCUACAAUAAAGAACGCUGAUGUGAUUGUGGGAUUUGAGCAUGGACGAGCUGUGGAGAGAGGCAAACACGACGAGCUGUUGGACAGAAAGGGUGUUUAUUUUACACUCGUUACUCUACAGAGCCAGGGAGACAAAGCUCUCAAUCAGAAAACCCAAAAAAUGGCAGAAAAUGUUGAAAAUUCUGAUGAGGAGAUGAUGAAUCUUUCUCGGACUGGAAGUUAUCGGGCAAGUCUAAGGGCUUCAAUUCGCCAGCGGACUAAAUCAGGGCUGUCAAACGUUAUCCCAGAAUCCUCAGUACCAAUUACUGGAGAACUGGGUCCACAAUCAUAUUCUGAAUCCUACAUUUCACAAGAAGAUAGUAGAAAGGCUGCACUUCCUGAAGAUGAGGAAGAAGUGGAACCAGCCCCUGUGGCUCGAAUUUUAAAGUACAAUGCCCCUGAAUGGCCUUAUAUGGUUAUUGGUUCUAUUGGAGCAGCUGUGAAUGGAGGAGUCAAUCCAGUAUACUCUUUACUCUUCAGCCAGAUCCUGGCAACGUUCUCAAUGUCUGAUCUGGUUGCCCAAAGAAAGGAGAUUGAUGGGAUUUGUCUGUUCUUUGUGCUAAUUGGUGUGAUCUCAUUUUUUACACAAGUGCUGCAGGGUUAUUCAUUUUCCAAGUCUGGAGAGUUUCUGACACGUCGACUGAGGCGCCUGGGUUUCCAUGCCAUGUUAGGACAGGAGAUCUGCUGGUUUGAUGAUCGCAGGAAUAGUCCUGGUGCACUGACCACGAGACUGGCCACUGAUGCUUCACAAGUCCAGGGAGCAACAGGCUCUCAGAUUGGAAUGAUUGUGAACUCCCUGACAAAUAUUGGGGUGGCUAUUAUCAUCUCCUUCUACUUUAACUGGAAGCUCAGCUUGGUCAUCAUCUGCUUCUUGCCUUUCCUUGCACUUUCCGGAGGCUUCCAGGCAAAGAUGCUCACUGGGUUUGCAAAGCAGGAUAAACAAGCAAUGGAAGCAGCAGGACAGAUAUCUGGUGAGGCACUGAACAACAUCCGUACCAUUGCUGGUCUGGGUAAAGAGCGUACGUUCGUGGAGCUAUAUGAGGCUCAGCUGGAGGCACCAUACCAAGCUGCUUUAAAAAAGGCUGGUGUAUAUGGUGCCUGUUAUGGAUUUUCUCAGUGUGUAGUGUUCAUGGCAAACUCAGCAUCCUAUCGGUUUGGGGGAUACUUGGUCCGCCAUGAAGGCCUCCAUUUCAGUUUGGUUUUCAGGGUAAUCUCUGCCAUUGUAACGAGUGGAACAGCCCUAGGCAGGGCCUCCUCAUACACACCUGACUAUGCCAAAGCCAAGAUCUCAGCAGCACGCUUCUUCCAGCUGCUUGACCGUGUUCCCAAAAUCAGUGUCUACAGUGACAAAGGCGACAAAUGGACUGAUUUUAAAGGAGAUAUUGAGUUCAUAGACUGUAAGUUCACCUAUCCAAGCCGACCAGAUAUCCAGGUUUUAAAUGGCCUAACUAUCAGCGUGAAGCCUGGGCAGACUCUUGCCUUUGUGGGCAGCAGUGGUUGUGGAAAAAGUACCAGCAUCCAGCUGCUUGAGAGGUUUUAUGACCCAGACAUUGGACGAGUGUUAAUUGAUGGACGUGAUUCCACUUUUAUCAAUGUUCCAUACCUGCGUUCUAAGAUCGGGAUUGUUUCUCAGGAGCCAGUUCUGUUUGACUGUAGCAUUGCGGAGAACAUUCGCUAUGGGGAUAAUCAGAGAGAGCUCAGCAUGAACGAUGUGAUCUCUGCAGCCAAGAAAGCCCAACUGCAUGACUUUGUCAUGUCACUUCCUGAGAAGUAUGAUACUAAUGUAGGCUCCCAAGGUUCACAGCUCUCGCGUGGUCAGAAGCAGCGUAUUGCCAUUGCCAGAGCUAUCAUACGUGAUCCAAAAAUCCUCCUGCUGGAUGAGGCUACAUCAGCACUGGACACAGAGAGUGAGAAGACUGUACAAGAAGCUUUAGAUAAAGCACGGGAAGGCCGUACUUGCAUUGUCAUUGCCCAUCGCCUCUCCACCAUCCAGAACUCUGACAUCAUAGCAGUGAUGUCACGGGGCAUCGUGAUCGAGAAGGGCAGCCAUGAUCAGCUCAUGGCUUUAAAAGGAGCUUAUUACAAGCUGGUCACAACUGGCGCACCAAUUAGCUAACUGCUUACCACUGAUCCAACCAGUGUUUAGUGAUUCCAUGUAGUUGCAUAAGCUACAAUGAAAAUUUAUCUUUUAAUUGCAAUGAAACACAUUUGAACCCUUUGUAAUUACCUGAAUUUCAGCACUAGUUACUCUAUUGAAUUUAUUGAACACAGUGAUGAGUCCUUACAGACAGAACUGGACAGAAACAUAUUUGGACUCUUGUAUUUAGUAAGCAAUGUACCCUUAUUUUCAAGGAAUUAUAUUUCUUAUAGUUAAUCCUCUGCUUUCAUAAAUCCUGUGCUGAUACGAAUUUUGGAAUUUUAGACCAUACAGGUAUUUCUUGCGUUAACAGCCUUCUUUGGUCAUGCCAUAGCAGCUUGGUUGGGGUAAGGUCUGGAUUUUUACUUGACUGUUUAAACACCAUUUAAAAAACAUUGUUGAUUUACUAAUGUGUCAUUUUACACCUUAUACGAAGUUUUUGGUGUUAGAGCGCUACUCAGAUAUUGUCUUGUAACAUUUUUUACACAAAUUUAAAUUUACUAUAAGGAUUGCUGUUUAGGCAGUGAUGAUCCAAAAAGCCCCAAACCAUGAUGCCCACAAUGCUUUACUGCUCUUUUUUUUUAAAUAAAGCAAUGGUUUUGUAA